AUGAUCGCAAAUGGGCUGCAUGCCCUUACAGUGUGCUUCUGGGAUGGCUUUGACUGGCUGGGCGAAAAGUUCGGCACCUCCCAGGAGACACGGGCGAUGCAAGCUCGCAUCGCGCAGCUGGAGUCACAGGUGACGGUGCUCCAGGAGCUCGUCACCGAAGUGGCGGAGUCCCUCCACAGAGCUGUGGACCGCCAGGAGUUGCAGGCGGCAGAGACGCGGGUGAUGAACAGCAUCCAGGCGUGCUGCCAAGCCAUGAGUGCGCCGCCCACUGCAGCUGUCUACGUGCCCUAUGCGCAGCCAGCCAGGGCUCCUGACGCAUGGGGCCGCUUCGGGUAG